UGUUGUGUCGAAUGUCGAGCAGGCAUUGUUUCGUUUGUGUUCUAUGAGCUCGUUGGUCAGAGGUUUUGCAAGAUGGUCUCGUGGUUUGCGACCCGUUUUCGAAAUUGGUGUCUUAAAUUUCUUCCAAAUUGGGAAUCGGCGGAUUCGUUCUCCGUCUGGCUCUUUCUCAAAUUGCUUGAAUUAGUGAAUACGUGUUUCGCCGUCGUUGAAGGUUCGAUGGAGAAAUUCGACCCGAAGGGUAAAAAACGGAAAAUCGACAACAGUAAAAAGGUACCGGGUGUGAAAGGCGCGAAGCUAAUAAAGUUGAAACCGAACGGUUAUGAAAAACAAAUAGGGUAUGUGAGAAAAACACAUGAUAAUCUCAACACAAAAUUCGAUAAAGGAAUCAAGAAUUUGGCUGACGUUAAUAGUAAAAACUGUACUGGCGCCAACAACUGGGAAAGGUUCAUUGGUAAGAAAAUCGAAAGUCGUAAGACUGCGACGAAUAGUUCUAAUAACAAUAGAGUUAAUAGUGAUAUUAAGAGCGAUAAACCGAAAACUUUCAACAAUAGAAUGAAGUUGACAAACGUCAUCGGCAUGGACUGUGAGAUGGUCGGAAUCGGGAAAGACGGCAAAGACAGCAUACUCGCUCGUGUUUCCCUCGUAAAUUUGGACGGUGAUUGCCUGUAUGACAAAUUUGUGAAACCCAGAGAAACAGUUACAGACUACAGGACACACGUCAGUGGUGUGCGGAAAGGCGAUCUUGAAAAUGCGGAAAGUUUCGAAGUCGUACAGAGAGAUGUGGCCGAACUGAUACGAGGUAGGAUAUUGGUCGGCCACGGGCUGCAGAACGAUAUGGAAGUCCUUUACCUUUCCCAUCCCAGGAGAGAUAUCAGAGAUACUUCGGUUUUCUUCAGGAAGAGGGGCAGAGGGACUCCAUCGCUCAAGAGUCUCGCUUUGGAAUAUCUCGACGUCAAGAUCCAAGAAGGUGAACACAGCUCGGUACAAGACGCGAGGGCUGCUGUUCAACUGUACAACAUGUUCAGGAAACAGUGGGAGAUCAAAGGUGGAAAUAGGAAAAAUGCCAGAAUAGAUUCUCACUUUGAACGUACUAACAUGCCUAGGUACACCCAAGAUAUCGCACAAGACACUUAACAGACAUAAUAAAAUAAAAAAAUUAUUAUAAUCGUUUUAUUGUUAUCAUAGUAUGUAUAUUUGAGACUUGAUGAAAUUGUACAUAUUUAUUGGAGAGUUAAAACAAUGUCUGCCUUAAUUCGUGAUAAGUUUUGUACUGACAAUUGUAAAAAAUGGAAAAUAAGUAAUAAAUUAAUUUCAGAUUUUGUAAA